AUGACGAGAAACCCAUUCAUGGUAGAACCUUCGAGUGGUUCACCCGGUAGACGUGGUGUUUCGAAUCUCUCGAGGUUUUAUACAAACACAAGUAGUAACUCUCGGUGGGCCAAUCCGAGUGAGGAGAGUUUAGAAGAUGGAUAUGAUCAAUCUAAUGUUUUCCAGGGCCUUCCAGCAUCUCCUUCCAGAGCUGCAUUAAGAUAUUCGCCAGACCGUCGCCAUAGGACUCAGUUCUACCGUGAUAGUGCCCAUAACUCACCUGUUGCCCCCAACAGGUAUGCUGCUAAUUUACAAGAGUCUCCUAAGAGGGCAGGUGAGGCAGUUAUAAAUCUGAGUGAAGGUAGUAAUCUGUACCCUCGCGAUAAUGCGGACCCACCGGUUGUAGACCCUUACCAUCUUUCACCUCAGCAACAUCCUAGUAACAAUUUGUUUGGGAGCGGUAGGCUAUAUUCUCAAAGCUCGAAAUAUACGAUGUCUACUACCUCCACAACGGCACCUUCCCUGACAGAAGCAGACGAUGAAAAGGAAAAAUACUUGACCUCGACUACUUCAUAUGAUGACCAGUCUACAAUUUUCUCUGCAGAUACUUUCAACGAAACGAAGUUCGAACUGAAUCACCCAACGAGACAGCAGUAUGUGAGACGUGCCAAUUCGGAGAGCAAAAGAAGAAUGGUGUCAGACUUGCCUCCUCCCAGCAAGAAAAAGGCACUGCUGAAACUAGAUAAUCCAAUACCAAGAGGUUUGCUAGAUACUUUGCCGCGGAGAAAUUCCCCUGAAUUUACAGAAAUGAGAUAUACAGCUUGUACUGUUGAACCGGACGAUUUUCUCAGAGAAGGUUACACUUUAAGGUUUGCGGAGAUGAACAGGGAAUGUCAAAUUGCCAUCUGUAUUACUAUGUACAAUGAAGACAAGUAUUCUCUUGCAAGGACUAUCCAUUCAAUUAUGAAAAAUGUUGCACAUCUUUGCAAGCGAGAGAAAUCACAUGUCUGGGGUCCCAACGGUUGGAAAAAGGUCUCUGUUAUUUUGAUUAGUGAUGGUAGAGCAAAAGUAAACCAGGGAUCUCUUGAUUACUUAGCUGCCUUGGGUGUCUAUCAAGAAGAUAUGGCCAAAGCUUCUGUCAAUGGUGAUCCGGUCAAGGCGCACAUUUUUGAAUUGACCACUCAGGUCUCGAUCAAUGCGGAUUUGGAUUAUGUUUCAAAAGACAUUGUUCCCGUUCAAUUGGUCUUCUGUCUUAAGGAAGAAAAUAAGAAAAAGAUCAAUUCGCAUCGUUGGCUAUUCAAUGCAUUUUGUCCCGUUUUACAACCUACUGUCGUUACUUUGGUUGAUGUUGGUACACGUUUGAACAACACAGCUAUUUAUAGAUUAUGGAAGGUUUUUGAUAUGGAUUCAAAUGUGGCUGGCGCCGCUGGUCAGAUCAAAACUAUGAAAGGGAAAUGGGGAUUGAAACUAUUCAAUCCACUAGUCGCAUCACAGAAUUUUGAAUAUAAGAUAUCGAACAUCUUAGAUAAACCACUAGAAAGUGUUUUCGGUUAUAUCUCCGUGCUUCCUGGAGCCUUAUCCGCUUAUAGAUAUAGGGCUUUGAAAAAUCAUGAAGACGGAACUGGGCCUCUUAGAUCGUACUUUCUUGGUGAAACUCAAGAAGGUAGAGACCAUGAUGUCUUCACCGCCAAUAUGUACUUGGCUGAAGACAGAAUUCUUUGUUGGGAAUUGGUCGCCAAGCGAGAUGCGAAAUGGGUUCUGAAAUAUGUUAAGGAAGCCACUGGUGAAACAGAUGUUCCUGAAGACGUUUCUGAAUUUAUUUCUCAAAGAAGACGUUGGUUGAACGGUGCGAUGUUUGCUGCAAUUUAUGCUCAGUUACAUUUCUAUCAAAUUUGGAAGACUAAACAUUCUGUUGUACGCAAGUUCUUCCUGCAUGUUGAAUUUUUUUACCAAUUUGUUCAAAUGCUUUUUUCUUGGUUUUCUAUUGCAAAUUUUGUUCUUACUUUCUAUUAUUUGGCAGGAUCGAUGAAUUUGAUUAUCAAACAUGGUGAAGCUUUAUUUAUUUUCUUCAAGUAUUUGAUCUUUUGUGACUUAGCAAGUUUGUUCAUUAUCUCCAUGGGUAAUAGGCCUCAGGGCGCUAAACAUCUAUUCAUCACGUCUAUGGUUAUAUUGUCUAUUUGUGCCACAUACUCACUGAUUUGUGGGUUUGUAUUUGCCUUCAAGUCAUUGGCUUCUGGUACAGAAUCACACAAGAUCUUUGUUGAUAUCGUUAUCUCAUUGCUGUCCACUUACGGUCUCUACUUUUUCUCCUCACUCAUGUACUUAGAUCCAUGGCACAUGUUUACAUCAUCUAUACAAUAUUUUUUGACACUUCCUGCUUUUACGUGUACUCUACAAAUUUUUGCUUUCUGCAAUACGCACGAUGUUUCUUGGGGUACCAAAGGAUCCACGCAGGAAUCCAAGCAAUUGUCCAAGGCCAUUGUGGUUCAAGGUCCAGAUGGUAAACAGAUUGUGGAAACAGAUUGGCCUCAAGAAGUUGAUAAGAAGUUUCUGGAAAUCAAAAGCCGUUUGAAGGAACCUGAAUUCGAAGAACCAAGCGGUAAUGAGAAGCAAUCCAAGAAUGAUUACUAUAGAGACAUAAGAACCCGAAUUGUGAUGAUUUGGAUGUUAUCUAACCUUAUAUUAAUUAUGUCCAUUAUUCAAGUCUUUACCCCUCAAGAUACGGACAAUGGCUACUUGAUCUUCAUUUUAUGGUCUGUAGCCGCUUUAGCCGCCUUUAGAGUGGUUGGUUCUAUGGCCUUCUUAUUCAUGAAAUACUUGCGUAUGAUCGUAAGUUACAGAAAUAAAGUGGAAGGCAGUGGCUCCUGGGAAUUUUCUAAAAUGGACUUAUCAAACGUUUUCCACAAGAAGGGCUAG